AUGAAACUCAACUUCGCCAAUCCGGCGACUGGUCAGCAGAAACUGUUUGAGGUAGAUGACGAGAAGAAGUUGCGCAUUUUUUACGAUAAGCGUAUGGCACAAGAGGUUGAAAUCGACAGUCUUGGAGAGGAAUGGAAGGGAUAUAUUGUUCGCAUCACUGGUGGAAACGACAAACAAGGUUUCCCUAUGAAACAAGGUGUCUUGACGAACGGUCGUGUUCGUCUCCUUCUUGGUAAGGGUGAUUCUUGUUAUCGCCCUAGAAAAGCCGGCGAAAGGAAGAGGAAAUCUGUCCGUGGAUGUAUCGUUGAUGCCAAUCUUUCUGUACUCUCUCUCGUCGUCGUUAAAAGAGGUGACCAGGAUAUCGAAGGUCUCACCGACAAGGUUCUUCCGCGACGUCUCGGACCUAAGAGAGCGUCAAAGAUCCGCAAGCUGUUCAAUCUAUCCAAAGAAGACGAUGUUUUGAAAUAUGUCAUUACACACGAAAAAUCGCGCGGAGAAGGAAAACCGUCCCGUAUCAUCGCUCCCAAGAUCCAGAGACUCAUAACUCCCACGGUGAUCGGAAGGCGCAAAGCUCUUCUUAGGAGAAAAAUCCAACAGCGUCAGAAAUCUCGUGAGGAGGCUGCUGCUUACCACAAGCUUAUGACCAAAUUCGCUAAGGAGAUGAAGGAUCAGAAAGUAGCCCGUAGAAGGUCUUCUGCCUCAAGGUCUUCAGAGUCCGAUGCGAAGAAGUCUGCCAAGAAGUGA